AUGGUGUGCUUGAUGUGUAUUCCUCUGACUCUUUUCAGCAAUUUCCACUACCCAACUAAAUACAGCUCCAUCGAAAACGGAGCUUGCAAGUUUUCACGAUUUGUACAGGUGCUUUAGCUUAAUCAACUUACAUGAAACUAAAACGAGGGUAGAUCGGAGCUAAUUCUUUCAUUGUGCCUAACAAUCGCCGUGUAACAUGAGAGUAACGUAAUUGUUGUUCUUGCCUCACACCUUUGCAGUAAACUUAAUAAUCAUAGAAAUAAUUGCUAGUUUUGUCAAUGAUUUAUUUUUCAUUUUUUUCUGCAGUACCUGACUCCAACCGUUUCCAUCUCUCUCCUAGCAACUAUAAGCAUUGACCGCUACAUGUCCCUGGCAAGACCUAUGGCCUCCAUUGCCUUGCGACCAAAACUUCUUACACCAUCUUGGAUGAUUGUGCUCGCGUGGCUCUACUCAAUAAUGCAAUUUACACCAACAUUUUACUUCACUGAUGUAAAACCCAUCACAGUUGAAGAAAACAAGACAGUGUAUUACUGCACCACAGUGCCAAACAAUAGUUUAUCUGGAUUGGCUUAUUUGAUGUUUCUUGCAGUGGCAUCUUUUGUGUUACCUUUGGUAACCAUGAGCAUCAUGUAUUACAAAGUCUCACGAGUUGUGUGGAGGAGACAAAGGAACCUUUCUACUUCAUCUACAAUAAGUGCAAACACCGCUCAUCUUAGUGUGUUAAUACAAUCGAGGAGAAGAGUCAUUCGCGUUUUGCUUACGGUAGUGUUGGUGUUUCUGAUAUGCUGGUCACCAUUUGUGAUCUACUGUGGUUUUCUUGAGAAAACACUUAGGGGAUUCCCUAAUCCUAUGGAUGGAACUAGACUGGCACUCUAUGGCCUGGGUCUUCUGAAUUCAAUGUGUAACUCUUUUAUUUAUUUUUUCAAUGUUGGAGGAAAAAGAACUGAUGCUUUGAAAGAUUUGUAUCUUCAGAUUUAUAGUGAAAAUAAAUCUCGGCGCUCGUCAACAAACAGUCAAGGAGGAGAGAGGAAGAGCCCUCGCAAAUUGCAACAGUUUCGACUAAAAACGAUGGACAGGGAACAUUCGGUAAAGAAUAAACUUAAAAAGAACAGUGAAAAAAAUAGAAAUAAAAUAACUGAUUUUCAAAUUCGAGAAAGCAUGGAAGAACUAUGGCAACCAUUCAGCGUAUGGCCACCAAUUGGAGAUCUUCGAGAGUCUGUUGUAGCAUUUUCCUAAAACUGAAGUCAGCAACCGUGAUUUACUGAGUGAGACUUCCAAAUCUGUGCUUUUUAUCUUUAAGGGUUUAUUUUUAGAAUAGAGGAAAUAAAAAGUGCGUUCUGUGCAUCGAUAAAAAUGAUGUACAAAACUUCCUUAGACCCUUGAGAAUGAUAAAUGGAUUGGUAUAGCCAAUGUUAGUCUAGAUUAUAGACUGGUCAGCCUUACAUAAUUGACUCUUAAGUUAUUAAUACUGCC